GUAAUGAGUGGGAUCCAUCAGUUGAACCCGUUCCAGAUGGAGAGACUAGCACAACGACUACGACUACGCCGCCAGCUGAUCCGCCAGAUCAACCAACAACAGUGAUGCCGACGACCACCGGCGAUGACAAUCAGGAUUCCAGCAGUAAUGAAGCGGAAAUCAACAGCGCCAUAAGUCUGAUGUCGACGAAGAAGAUUUCAUCAACAGCAAGUAGCAAGAAGAUGACAGAGCAUCCUGUGGUGGAGGAUAAGAAGAAUAAACCGGUGGAGCCAAAGGUAGAUGAAACAAGGCGAAAGCAUGGAAAGCAGGAUCCGGUAGGCGAAAGCAAGAACUUGGCAACGAGAGAGUCAUCCUCAUCUGCGAGGAAGGGGUCAUCGACUAACCCGAGUAAAGAAACAGAAGAGGCUUCUAGCGAAAAAUCUGCAUCUGCCGCAACCCGUGAUGAAGCUGCAGCAGAUCCAAGUCCAAAGUUAAGGUUAAGGUCUAUUAUAAAGAGUAGUCCUCCUGCUCAUCUCGCUCUCCUAUAUAGCUGGUCUACUAGGGUUUUGAUGACCUAUCAUAGACAGCUCUAACAAAAGACGCAAAAAAACUGCAAGCCGUUUCGCAACUGCAGGUGGCAGCACAUAGUGGUGUACUAUCAGGGGAGGCAUCUUCUGCCCUACCUACUUCCCAAGGAACAGCUAAAACAGCAGAAACGACCACUGCAGAUCACACUGAAGCCCUUUCGGACUUCGCACUCAGUGUGCCGCAGGCGGGUGGAAACCCAGUGGUGUUCCGAGUAACACCAACAUCGCAGCAGACCUCGAUGAGCACUCUAGAAGACAUGCAACAGGGAACUGUCUACAACUUCUUGCAGGAAACGUCUUCUAGUACUUAAGGCCUGUAUUUUGGAACACUCUUGAUGCCUGCAGUUAGAACUGAACAUCGUGUUGUAGGUACGUUCGUAGUUUUUUCUAAGGUGGACAAGAUUAAAUUACACCUACUUAAUAUCUACUACUUGUGAUGAAACCUACUUAUCUACUACUUGUUAGACUUUAAAAAUAGCUUUUCUUCUAAUCCACCAACGAGCUAACCCAGCAACAGCCACUGCCACCUGGUCGUGCAUCAGUCUUGCCGCAAAAUAUGGGUCCUUACAGUGUGGUGGAUCCGGCUAUUGCGACUACCAAUCCGGACGACACCCCGGAUAAGAUUGCAG